CCAACUGGAUCUGCCUGUUAAAUGUUGAUAAUUUUCUUUUGUGGCUUUCACUUCGGAAAUCAAUUCCGCUUUAAGUCCUGUGAGUGAGACCAUUAUAGAGAUAAAAUCUUCCACUCAUCCUCUAAUAGUAUGAACAAAAUACCAAAAGAACUUAUAAACUCAUUGAGAUAUUUUAUACUUAGCUUGAGGGUCCCAGUUUGUAUAUCUUAAACUCAUCCCCAAUCCUAUUAGUAAUAGUAAAAAAGUUAAUCAGAGAAGUUGACUUUAUUCUGUUAUAGCUUCUACCCUGCUGCUUUGGCUUGAAUGCUUGUUCCUCAGCAAAUUCAUCACAUUACAGUAAGUUAAAUAGUACUUAACCAGAUCAGAGAAAAAAAUAGCGGAGUUCUUAAGUGAAGAGUCAUGAAAAUGCUAAAAGGAGUAAUCCACAAUCUUGCUACGCUAUGUACAACCGGUACUCCAAAUAGAGCCAGAUCUGCAGGAACAAAGUUGCUUUUUUCAGAAGAAACAGCAGAAGCUUUGCUCCUCUCAAAAGCAAGAGCCUUUUGUAAUAGCACAGAUCUUCCCAAGAAUGAAGCUGAAGCUAUCAAUCAUGAAAACACAUUCAGAGAAGCUGGAAAGAUAAGAACUUCCUUUGAUUUCAAAAGUUACAUGCUUCAAAAGAUCAAAUCUGUCAAUCAAGCCUUAGAUGCUGCUGUACCAAUCAGAGAGCCUAUCAAGUUCCAUGAAGCAAUGAGAUACUCGCUCCUUUCCGAAGGCAAGCGGGUUUGCCCUCUACUAUGUAUAGCCGCCUGUGAGCUUGUUGGUGGCCAAGAAUCGACGGCAAUGCCUGCUGCUUGUGGAAUGGAGAUGAUAAUCUCUAUGUGUCUAAUGCACGACGACCUUCCCAGCAUGGACAAUAGUGAUCUCCGUCGAGGAAAGCUGUCUCAUCACAAGGUAUUUGGCGAAAAUGUCACUGUUCUGACUGGUUAUUCCCUUGUUGCCUUAGCGUUUGAGCAUAUGACAGCAGCCACUAAAGGGGUGCACCCGAAAACAAUGGUUCGCGCUGUUGGAGAACUAGCAAGAUUGAUAGGACCGGAGGGGGCAGUGGCAGGCCAGGUGCUUGACUUGCUGUGUGGAGGUAAAUCUGAUACCGGAUUAGAAGAGCUUGAGUAUAUUCAUCGUCACAAGACAGCAGACUUUAUAGAGGCCGCGGCAAUUGUAGGAGCAAUGCUUGGUGGCGCAUCCGAGGAGGAGAUUGAUAGACUUAGGAAAUUCUCCCAGUGCUUUGGGCUGAUGUAUCAGGUUGUGGAUGACAUUCUUGAUGUGACUAAAUCCUCUGAGCAAUUAGGAAAGACAGGGGGGAAGGAUUCGUUGGAUAACAAAUUGGCAUAUCCAAAGAUGAUUGGCAUUGACAAGUCCAAAGAAUAUGCUCAAAAACUUAGCAAGGAGGCCAAGGAGCAGCUUGUUGUUUUUGAUACAGAAAAGGCAGCUCCAUUGCUCGCUAUGGCAGAUUUUGCUCUUCAUCGGCAAAAAUAAUCUCAUUAGGAUGAUUAUGCCUGCAAAAUUGUGGGCCUUUUUCCGCAUUUAAGGACAUAGUAGGGACUAGGGAGUAGAGCUGUUUUUUCAGUGCCUUGAGAUUUAUCAGGAAAUAGGAAUGCUGCUUAAUGUACUCAAUCUUGAACUCCCAUUUUAAAAUUCACCUAUUUGUUGAUAUUUGCUUGAACUCCAUGCCAAAUAUACAUUAAAGAAUAUUGCUAUCUAGAAUUUAAGUUAGCUAAGAUAAUAUACAUUUGGCUUCAGAGGUA